CAGUACGGCGGCGAGUGACGAGGGAACACUGCGUCUCAGUGAUGCUUCACUUUGCUCUGUGAACCCAGUGCCGGACCUGUCCCCCACCUCACAGCCUCCCUGUGCCUGACUGCUGUGGCCGUGGUAUGGCGUGAGGCGGGUGUGCUGUGAACUGUUGGCAGUCUCGCCUGAUCCUCGGUGUGAUGCGAGCUGCACAUUGACGCUCCUUCUCCCAGCCAGCCUUGUAUGUGAAUGGCGAGCCACGACCAGUGAAAGUUGUGUCGAGCCACGCAGGUAGAAAGUAGCGAAACGUGUUGGGCAGCCCAGGGGGACUUGUGAUGCCGUCACUGGCGCCCGAGACACUUGUAGUGCUCCCCGCCGCUGACUCUGAAGAUCAAUGUCUCUUUCAUCGGCGCCGGGGCCUCCCGGCUUUAGUAACUGAAACUUUAAGCUGACGUGUUGUCUCGCACUAACUGAAGCUGUUUUGGCACGGAUUCAUCUGAUCCGUUCCUUCAACAUCCUACCGUCACAGUCACGUGGCAGUGCUUCGCUGAGCAGGACGAGGAGGCACGCCUCACGACCGAGAACACCACCUCCGUGACUGCUGCGGGAGGGUGAGCCCGCCUGCCGCGCCUCCCCCGGGACGCGCCUGUCGGGGAGAUGGUCGAACACUUGCGGCGGCCGUCACACCACCUGAUGCCUCCGCGCUGCACAGAACGCCGCCGCUCGUUCUGCCGCCGCCUGAUAGUCUCACUAUCUUAUCGGGCUUCACGUGUGCAGGCAAGGGGUGGUGGUCUUGGCGGAGUGUGUGCCACCAACAGUCACCUCUCAUCCUCACCGCUGCGACCACUGUGUGCGUCUGUUGUGCAACGUCCUCGCUUCGUGGUGUACAGUGACAGGGUCGUUGUUGCGGGGUAAGGCUCACGGUGAUGCGUGGAGCGUAGAGAACAGUGACGAGGAGAGAGUGUUGUGAGAUGAAAGGAGAGGGGAGGGGGAGUGCAUUAUAGUGACUACCACUGCUGCUACACAUCGCGAGGGAUUUGUUUAUGUGUUUGUGGCAGGAAGCAGAGUGGAGCACAGUAGCAGUUGUGGGCUGCGGCACAGUCAGCAGUCAUUCGCCGUGACCACUGACCCAUAUUCACACACCGUCCGUCGUCGCUGCUGUAGACACCAAGUGGUACGACGGUGGUGCUGCUUCAGCCGAGCCGCUGCCGCGCCACCCCAGUGAAUAGCUCUUUUGCCUGUCGCGUGGUGCUCCGUCGCUGACAGAGGAGCUGACGGGUGACACUACACAUCAGGGGGCGUGGUGCCCGAUCCAGCUGUGCCUCAGGCAUGAGCGGCGGCAACAAGUGGGUGGGGGAGGCACUAUGCCUGCCCACCGCCCCCUGACUGAGUGACAUGCACGGCGGCACUCCUCCCCGCGGCACUCUAUGGCUCACGCCCCAUGCGACGCACGCCCACCCUCAUCACCAACCUGCCCGCCACCCACAGACGACGAGGCCUUCAAACACAGUGCUCAGAUAUUUGUAAGUUACGAUCGGAGUCAAAACGUGAAUAGAGAGUCAAAGUUGGGGCGAGCAUCCCCAGGCCCGGGGCAGCGACUGUACCCGUCGUGGCCCGCCCUCGCCGAUAUACAUUUUAUUGAUAGUUCAUCAGGCUCGGAGGAGGACGGGAGUGAGUGUGGGCGCCGGAGGAGAGGCGAGGGCGCGUGCGAGGGCGGCCAGGAGGCUGGCGGGGAAGAUGUGGUAUUGAUCCAUGACGAAGUGUGCGCAGCGGAGAAGGGAAGCACCAGUGCUACGGUGGGAGGUGGCGAGCACGCAGCAGCGUCGCGCCGCUCCUGCUGCCAUGACGGAGGCCGGGCAGCUGUGGUCAGCGCAGGAGGCAGCGGUGUUUGUAUGAUGAAACAUAAGGGCGGGCCCUUGGUGAUUGCCCAGGACCACGGCGACCACGACAAGCCCCAUGCCUCCAUGGCAGCCUCCGACGCCGCCCUUCAGCAGCAGCCCUCAGGCUCGACCACUACUAUGGUCACCACCACCGGCGGCGGCGGCGGCGCCCCCCUGCGAUCCGCCUUGAAACGGGCGGGACAAAAGAGCAGAGGACACCGUGUCUGUAUUAAUGAAGCGAAAAACGAGUGUUUAGAGGCCGACUAUGUGAUUGUUGUGCACGAGGAAAGUGAACCUCAACUGGUGUCCAUCAGGGCGUUCGACCUGAGCCUGGCGCCCGCUGCCCCUGGCGUGGAGCAGCUCACGCUCUCCCCGCCCGAGGGCUACAAGGACUGCUUCACCCACGCCGUCCACGAGACCAUCGUCGAUGACUCAGAGACUGACGCUGGCGGGGACGGCCUGGUGGAGGCGGACGCGCCGCGGCCACACCUCCCAGACCUGGUGACGCACCGUUCGCCGCCCACACAGCUGACGGUGGAGAACGUGCGCCACCAUGACCAGUUGAUGCAGGGCAGGGAGCAGGACCCCUCGGACCCCAAGGUGGCCAAGACGGGCAUCCUGAAGGGCGGGAAGCUGUGGAAGAACGGUGACGGCAGGAAGACCAAAGUGAGGGUGGAGGAGGAGGAGGCGGAGGAGCCGCGUCGCUCGGUGAGGUUCUCCGGGCGGGACGAGUACAGCCUGCUGGAAAGUCUGCCGCUUGACAAGAUCCCGCUGGACGCACCCAACUCUGUGGCGCUGGCCAGGUUCAUGCCCAAGCUGCGGGAGCUCGGCGUGCUACUCGGCGAGCCACGCCACGACUGGCACCUCGAGCUGAGCCCCAUCAAGCCUGAGGCGGAGGGCGGCGCCGGGGCGGCCGAGCAGGAAGGUUUGCCAGAAGAUAAAGAGAAGCAGCCUCCGCCACAGAUGGAUGACGAGCAGAUCAAGGAGUCGAUGCAGCGCUACGACGAAAUGCGGCGCCGCAUUGCCGCCGCUGAGGGACGUGACAACACCAGCGUCUGCAGCGACGAGUCAAAGAGUUCUUCUGACUCUCAAUCCUCAGACUCCACUAUGACGGAGACGAGAAUCAGGCGGCUAGAGAACGCUGACGUCGCCCACGUGGCGGGAGGCGUCAUGAGGACCAACAGCGAGGUGCGUCGAGCGAUUGAACGCAAUGCGCUGAGGCGAUCCCUCAUUCGCUUUUCGGAGGCUCGCAAGAAAGACACCAACAAGAAUGAUAAGAAUGACAAAGGGGAGACUUCCCUCCUGGAGAAGCUCAAGUGGCUCACUGCCUCGGAAGACGCGACCAACGGCAACUCCGAGCAGAAGGAGGAGGGGAUGGAGGAGCCUAACGAUGAGGAGGACGAUGGGAGCCAGGACCUGUCAAAGUCUAUGGACCCCAAAGUACAAGAGACAAUAGCACAAUAUCGCAAGCUUGCCGAGAUGUUCAACAAGACCACGUCACUGCGAACCACCGACAUCCUGGUGCCGGGCGACGUGCGGGAGUGGAAGCUCAAAGCCGACCUUUUCCCCAGCCAGGCGAGGGCGGUGCUGGAGGCGGAGGAAGAGGAGGUUCCGGAGCCUCAUUCAGGGUCAACGACCCCGACGGUGUACCAAGGCAUCAUUCCCGCCGUGUCCCUCGCCGACCUCAUGACUGACGAAGAGACCGACAAACUUAUCUACAGCGGCGGCGUCAGGUACACACGAGAGGGAACACUGCCCCUCGAGGCACAAGGAGAAGGGGAAGAAGCGGAGGGCGAACAGCAGCAGCCGCCAACAACAUCCACUGCGGAGGCCAGGAAGCAGUUCCUUUCCCAGAUGGCAAGCCAGGCAGGGACGCCUCAUGUGAGUGCCAAUGGGGUCACAACUCUGCCUGGCGACCGCUCCUCACUUGCCUCCAACUCUGAUUCUUAUACUUUCGAAGACAUCGACGAGGCUCUUCACGACGACCGGUCCUCGUCUGUGCCAUCCUCGUCACAGUCCUCCCCGCGGCUGUCCGGCAAGAGUGACGUGGACGGAGCAAGCACCACUGAGAGCGGCUAUAGCAGCAACGAGACCAACGGGGAGUUACAGCUGCCCAUCAACGGCCUGCAGGCGCUGCCCAUCGGCGGGGUGGACAUAGACGAGCUGGCAGAGUUUGUGCGCCAAGACGCGAGUCGCAUGGAGCGUCUCCGCAGACGCUACGACGCAGGGGAACUGGAGGAUCAUGGCUUCUCUCGACGACCCUCGGUGCGGGGCAUCAAACCUCGUUUUGGGUCCACCACAGACCUCCUGAAGCAGAUGGCGACUCAGCUGGCGCCGCCAACCAUGGCCCAGCCAGGGAUGGCCGGCUCCCACAUGACCUGGCCAUACCGAGAUGUCGGAGACGAAGACUCCCAGCCCGCCCAGAGGCGCCGAGCAUCACAAAACAGGGUGGUGCUGCCCGCGCUGCAGGAGGACAUCCUGUACACCCCGACGUCAGACCUGUCGCCUCAGGGGGCCCCGCCCCCACCCUCCUCUUCGACUGCGCCUCCUGCCAUAACUCUCACGCAUACCAAGGCGCCUCGGGUGGUACACGUGUACGCCAGCACGGGCGAUCUCAGGGCUCCUCCUCCACCACGGUUGUCCGGCCCACGAGAGUCUCCUCCACCUGAUCUGAUUCGUCCAGGUGGAGCCCCUGUGCCCAUGCGGGCCCUCACCCACUCCCUGUCCCAGCCGCUGCCGGACACCUCGGGCCACGGCCUCAUGAUGGUGCCGCAGAUGCCAACCCCGGCGCUCACUGACCUCCACAUGGCGUCAUGCAGGCGACCCGCGUCCGUGCACGGCCAUCUCCCACCUGACUCCCUAGUGAUGCGAGGCGUGCCUCCACCGCCUUCCGCGCGUCCCCACUCCUCGAUGUCCCACUAUCCGAACCCCAGAGUACCGGUACACUACCACUCCUAUGAGGACCCGCCGCCGACACGCCCACCCUACGAGGGGUCGCACCCGCCCUUGGCCCAGCGAGGCUCCUACCCGGGCACCAUCCCCGCGCCCCUCGGCGUCCACUACCAGCCCCAGCUCGUGCCGCCUGAUGCCAUCGGGUUCCCUCAGCCUCCGCCCUUCGGGUCUCAACACUCGCACCCGCGGCCACCACCUCCAGUCUCGUCUCGGGACGGGCCUCCCUUCACGCGCACACUCCACUCCCAGGUGCAUCCGGGACCACAGACGUCCUCCAUGGUAGCCAAUCCCGGCCAGCCACAUCAGUGUGGCCCUAGACAGGUGCGGGUGGCGGGCGGGGCAGCAGACCAGGCGUGCUCGCCCGCGUGGUCCCACCAGCAGCCCCACACCCACCAGACCUACGCGCCGCCCUACCCUGUCUCUAGUCACCUCAGUUACACAACACCCAUCGUGCCCGAGAGUGUCAUGACCUCCCGCCCCUCGGGGCCGCCUGUCGGAGCACCCAUGGGGGCUCCCAUGAGACCCAUCGGGCCUCUAAUCGGUCCUCCGAUAGGGCCACCGAUCAUGAAUGGCGGCGUCAGUAAAUUAGAAGGAUUGCGGGACGAACGAGGGGUGCCUGAGGGAGCUUCAUCUUCCCCGAGGGGGCCAUUGGACCCCCAGUAUCCUCAGCACAGCUCCCCGACCCGAGACACCGGCAUCCUGCACCGCCAUCCGCCGCCACCCCUCAACAUGACGUGAGUGGCCUCCCCCCCCACCGGUGCCAGGUGUGCCAGACAGGGCCGCAGUAGUCCGGUGCUGGACACACCUGGUGAGGAACCUCAGUCGUGCAUCACGGCGCCGAAGGUUGCCAGUUGGUGUGUCCUGUCCAGGCCGGCGCUGCGUCGCGGCGGCGAUGUCUUGCCGGGCAUCGCUGUGGAUGGAAAAAGAAAUGUUCGUUCACGUAUUGAAGCUGUCGAGGAGAGACUGGCGGUGCCGGCGAGGCUCCCGCCCUGUCUUCCGGGCUCCCGCGACGCCCGUGCUGUCGCCAAGCUGCUCACCACCAGAUGUUGCCAAAACUUGCCGCGCCACGCAGCCAGCACACUCCUCCUCACGCCGAGGGUCGAGACAAUCUACAAUGAUUUUCCUUAUUAUAGUUCAAGUAAUAAUCUAAUUAAUGUACCUAACAUGGUUUUACUGGUGUGUCUGUGACAAUACGUAGGUGUAUUUUACAGUUGAUGUGAGUGAAGAGUUUUUAUAGAAAACUGUAAAGUGCUGCCCGGACCCUCAUCGGGGAAGGGAAUAUUUUUAUCGUAGUUCUCGUGACUUGAACGUUCUCGCGGGAUGGUUCCAGGUGCGGGGCGCUGCUCGCUGCCCCCACCACUGUCGUAUGAUGGACCAAGUUUCCGUGUGCGUGUGUGUGUGUGUGUCUGUGUGUGUGUGUGUGUGUGUGUGUGUGUGUGUGUGUGUGUGUGUGUGUGUGUGUGUGUGUGUGUGUGUGUGUGUGUGUGUGUGUGUGUGUGUGUGUGUGUGUGUGUGUGUUCUCAUGCGCAUGUAAGUUCAACAGUUAGAAGAUACGAUAAAAAGACAAAACACUUGGGUUUUAAGGCGCCUCUUCUCGAAUUCACUCCACCACCAUAAUUUUUGAGUUCGAUUUUGAGUCUUACUUAAUUCCCAGUCAGUCACGAAG